AUGGCAUCAGACAGCGAGGUAAAAACCCUCCUGAAUUUUGUCAAUCUGGCCUCGAGUGACAUCAAAGCGGCUCUGGAUAAAUCCGCUCCUUGCCGCCGGUCGGUCGACCACAGAAAAUACUUGCAAAAGCAGCUCAAGAGGUUUUCCCAGAAAUACUCCAGGAUCCCACGGUGCCAUCCCAGCAAACCAGUGGAGUGCAGCGGGAAGAAGGGCACCGAGGAGAGGGGUCGCGGCGCCCAGCCCGAGGCGGCCGAUUCCAGCCCCCAGUGCAGAGCCGAGAGGGCACUGAGGGCUGCUGAGGCGGAGGAGACCUUUCCCGGCGAGCAGCUUUUGCAGGAGCAAAACCCUGAGCCUGCCAGGCCGGAUCAGGUGCCCAUGAGAAAGAGACAGCUGCCUGCCUCCUUCUGGGAAGAGCCCCGGCCGGCGCAGAGCCUGUUGGGCAGGAGCUUUCCCGCUGGCCUGGACGGGCUCCCAAACUCCGGAGAGCCUCUUCCUUACGAGGGGAAGAAAAGCAGACGGAGCCCGGAGGCUGCUGGCCCCGAGAGCGCCCAUGAGCCCGUGCUGCAUGGUGGCGAGAAGGACCGUGCCAAGGCAGCGGGGCCGCCCGCGGCCGCCCGCGUGCCUGCCUGGACUUGCUGCCCCUUCCAGUGCGCCGGGCAGCCGCUGUACCAAAGCCCCGCGGCGCUGCCGCCCUCGCUCUUCCCGGGCCUGGCUCUGUGGCGGAAGAGCGCGGCGCUGCCGGGGGAGGUCCAGCACUUCUGCAAGGAGGCGGACAACGCAGGGCAGAAACUCUACAGGCCCGUGGUGGUGAAGCCCAUUCCCACCAAGCCGCCUGUGCCCCCUCCUAUUUUCAAUGUUUUUGGCUACAUUUAG